GCAGAUACUGCCAUGGAGAUGAAGGAUAUGCCUGCUUUGAUCGAAAGAGUCUUCGAAGAAGAGAAGGCUCCAAAGAAAGAAGAGAAUGAUUCAUCUGCUGCCUAUGGAAACUCAUCAAGUACUCUUAAGGCGGAAGAAGAGAAAUUAGAUCCUGUGAUUACAGAGGAAGAAGCGGAGAUGUUUAUCUCAUGGGAAGCUGUAGUAGAAUAUACUAGGCCAUACAACGAUCCUCGCUGCGUGACUGGAUACCAUGAGAAGCGACCCUUGAAGAUCCUAAUCUCUGUAGGGGGGACUUCUCACAAUUUUAUUGAUGAAUCCUUAGCAGAUAAGCUAGGUUGUGACUCAUAUCCAAUCGAGCCUCGAACUGUUAACACCUCUUUUGGGAAAAUGGUGACUUCCAGAGCAUGCAACAACUUCAAAUUUUCAGUUCAAGACAGCGUGUUUAAUGUGAAGUUGUAUUUACUUCCAUUGUCGUCAAAUUGUGAGAUAGUAUUAGGAAACCAAUGGAUGCGGAGCCUUGAAAAUUUUAGUUUUGAAUAUAGGUGUAUGGGGUUUAACUUCCAAAUCGGAAGUGAGAAACACUUUGUGAGUUUCAACAACUCAGUUGAUGAUGAAGGCAGCAAGCGCUGAGUUUUCCAUAGAGAUCUUUUUUUAGGGUUUAUGUAUGUUUCUAUUUCUGCAAUAAUAAAGGAACUACUUGUAGUCAUCCGAUCCUUAGUUGAUUAUAAUUAUACUAGUAUUUCAAUUUAUGAAGUCUAUACAUUGAGUU